AUGGAGGUAAAAGAAGCUUAUGACGUUGAGCAUAUGAGGUCUACACAGAGUAUCCAGCAUGAGCUGUGGCCUCUUGAUGAAAUUGAUCCAAAGAAGGCAAAAUUUCCCUGUUGUUUGGUUUGGACUCCUCUCCCAAUAGUCUCUUGGUUGGCACCAUUCAUUGGACAUGUUGGCAUUUGCAGGGAGGAUGGAGCUAUUUUAGAUUUCGCAGGUUCCAAUUUUGUGAAUGCCGAUAAUUUCGCAUUUGGUGCUGUAGCCAGAUAUCUACAGCUUGAUAGAACACAGUGUUGUUUUGCCGCGAAUCUGGGUGGCCACACUUGCAAGAGUGGCUACAAGCAUGCAGAGUUUGGGACGGCAAUCACAUGGGAUGAUGCCCUGCAGUCAAGUUCACGGUACUUCGAACACAAAACCUACAACCUUUUCACUUGCAACUGCCAUUCUUUCGUAGCCAACUGUCUGAAUCGGAUAUUCUAUGGUGGAUCAAUGAGUUGGAACAUGAUCAAUGUGGCAGGCUUAGUACUGCUCAAGGGGCAAUGGGUUGACGCCAUGUCCGUCUUGAGGUCGUUCCUCCCUUUUCUAUUGGUGCUCUCUCUAGGUGUUUUCAUGGUUGGAUGGCCUUUCUUGGUUGCGCUUCUCUCUUUCUCUCUCCUCCUCGUGGUGUGGUUUCUACUGGCAAAUUAUUGUUUCAAGACCUUGUUAGAGUGCUAG